AGGUUCCAGUUAUUUAAAAAGGAGCAAAGUUGAGCAACUAUUUGACUGGUGUAUUCGCGAUUUUCUUAGUGUUUUAGAACGACCUUGGAAAAGUAGAUUGCAGGAGGGGCUAUAGCACUACUCUCAUUUUGAAAGGCUCUUGUUGAGGUUGAAGAGACCGACUGCAGACCGAUUUCCUAUACCAUCUUUACGUCCCCUAACAUUUUCUAUCCACGAUCAACAUUGACCUUUCAUAGAAUUGUAGGUACUUCAACUACUAGUAUCAACAACAUCGGCGUCUCUUUAUACAUUUUUUGAAUCUUCCCUACUUGUUGGGGACCUCCCUUUGUAGAUUGUUUUCUUUUUAUACCCCCCUCAAGCGCCAAAAUGGAGGCCGCGGCGCAAGAGAAGUACACGAAGAUGUGUGCCAAGUUGCACAAGCUGGGAUGUUGGGACCCUCAUAUGAUCACUCACUCCGUCAUGUGCGGUCAUCGGGAUGGAAGGUAUUUGCCGCUGCGACCUGGACAACGAUUUUAUUUUAAGAUCAUUCACUUUUAUGGAUUUCAACGCAAGAACAACUGUGGUGUCAUGCUUCUGAAAAAAAUGAGGUCGUUCUUGUCACUGUUGUAGAUUUUUCCCUUCACGCGAAUGCCCUACUUGAAUAUCAAUUUGCGUCCCCAAACGACAACGCAGAACUCUUGUUGAUCAACAUGUAUCAGGUUGCCAAAGAGUGGAAAGUUGGAAUGCAAAAAUGAUGAGGACUUGCAAGGAUUGUAUGAAGCCAUCGAUCACUUUCAUUCGGCCCGAAAGCCACUCACCUUGUGUGAGAUGGCAACCCCGGUAUGAAAAUGAUCAUGUUUUUUUUAAGGAUGUGCUAGCGACUCUUGGGUCUCAAAUCAACUUUUUUACGAGCUGCUCGCGUUGUACGGCAACAAAAAGAUUUUAUUGAAAAACGUGCUGUAUUUUUUUGUUGAAAACAAGUGCCCCCGAGUUAUUUUCUUAUGGUUCUACAUAUUAUCUUCUUCAACUACCUUCUAGACUACUACCUUCAACUCCAUACUAUCUUCUCACAGGUGUUCAAGUACUACCAGGAUGUGGAUGUUUUGCUUCCGCAUGUCACUUGUUUGGAGGAAAUCUCGGAAAUUGAGGCUUUGUGGAUGGAGUGUCUGAUUCGCUGCCAAGCAGCAGUUUUGGGUGUAAUUUGGCGUACCUAUGAUGCUCUGGGUGUAGAGCGCGCACGACCAGACACCACGGUGAACGUAUUCGCAUCCAGCGGAUACGCAAAGAGGUAUGGACAUUUUUUUAAUUGCGUAGUAGUGGAACAAGGAGAACUGUUUAAAUUUGCAGUAGUAGUACAGGUACACGUGAUUUAAAUUUUGUAGUAGACCACUACAAACAAGUCAUGAUGUUGUUUUGGAAAAAAGUUAGUAUGUGAAACAUGAGGAAAUACUGAUUGUCCUCGUCUUUGCAGGUAUUCCCAGUUCAAAAUCUCCCUGCAUUUUAUCUGGGAGGACUUGCAUGUGAGCUCCCACGAAAGUAAGGCGAUCCGAAACGCCAAUUUGGCGUUCGUCGCCUCGAAACAGUGCGGCCCGCUGCAUCGCCUUCUCGCGAAUGCCCACAAAGGUGAGGAUCCGACGUUCAAUGGCACUAAAAACCCCUGGGAAGAUAUCUUGGAUAAGGCUUCGUCCGAAGGUUCAUCUCUUCGUAUGCCCUUCACCGAUAAGGCACUCAAGGUCGACAAGAAACAAGCUGCAUACCCGAAACAAGGUAUUCAGAUUGAUUUUUUGAUGUAGUUGCUUGUUAGAGAAGUUGGACUUUAUUUUUUUUGGCAACACAGUACGUUCAUGAUCAUUUUCACGCCGGGAUGCAGGUAGGGCCCAUGAAGGAUGACACUUUUUUUGUCUCUACUCAGAUUCGAAACGCCAGUUGCGUCUUGAGUCUUAUGCGAGUUCAAAAUUAUCUAUUUAAAGUUUGUCUGACCCAUGAUCAUUUUCACGCCGGGAUGCAGGUAGGCCCAUGAAUGAUGACACUUCUUUUGUCUCUAUUCAGACUCGAAACGCCAGUUGCGUCUUGAGUCUUAUGCGAGUUCAAAAUUAUCUAUUUAAAGUUUGUCUGACCCAUGAUCAUUUUCACGCCGGGAUGCAGGUAGGCCCAUGAAUGAUGACACUUCUUUUGUCUCUAUUCAGACUCGAAACGCCAGCUGCGUCUUGAGUCUUAUGUGAGUUCAAAAUCAUCUAUUUAAAGUUUGUCUGACCAUGAGCCCACUAAAGAUAGCACUGUCUCGCAACUCCUGAACGAAAAUAUCAACGUACUUAUAAAAAAAAAAUCACCUUUACCCAAGUCUUCUUUUCUAGUUAGGGCUCCACUGGAACUUCCUCCGAAAGCCAGAUACCAACGAUGUGAUGGAAGGGCGACAAAAAAAUAUCACUGCUAAAGCCAAAAGACCAGCAACUAAUGAUCUUAUGGAAGGGCCUUACUUACUCAAAAAAAAAUCACCUCUAUCCGAAAAACAGAUGCCAACGAUGUGAUGGACGAUGGGCGUCUUCUUAUUUUAACAAAAAAAAUCACCUCUUCUAUCCGAAAAACAGAUACCAAUGAUGUGAUGGACGAUGGGCGUCUUCUUAUUUUAACAAAAAAAAUCACCUCUUCUAUCCGAAAAACAGAUACCAAUGAUGUGAUGGAAGGGCGCCCAAAAUUGCCUGUUGCGUGCUACCGAGUCCAACUGGUCCCGGGUGACCCAGGAAAGUGCGCUUUGAAACCGGUUGCACUCGUCAAAAACUACUCACGCAAAGAGUGGAUCGAACGUGGCUCCGUUCGUUUGCCAGCUGACGCAAAGAUAGCUUCGAUCUGGUUGCCGUCUCAAUUGAUGCCAGAACCAGCCAAAGCUAUUGUUGUGCAAAACGUGAAUCGCCGAAAUCAAACCAAGGACCAGGCUUGGGGCGGUGGAAAUGAUGGCUGGCAACAACGUGGCGGUACUUUUUUCUUUUCCGAUUUUUGUUUGUUGUACGAGGUUCUUUUCUGACUGGUUGUAUAUGAAUAUGUACUAAAUAAAAAGAAGUUGCGGUACUAAAUAAUACUGUUCCAACUCGAAAGUAGACUUCGAACGAAAACUCUACUACUAAACCUACUACUAGGCGGCAAGGGCGGAAAGGGCCGUGGCAAGACUAUGAAGGGAAGUGGAGGGAACAAGCGUACCAAGCCGAAGCCGAAGCCGCGUGACGAGAGCACUUGGAUCGCUGAUAAUUAAGGCUCAAUAGAAUUCAUUUCAUCUUCCAGCGCUCAUCUUCCUCCGUUUCCUUCUUGAGACUCUGAAGAAAUGGGCUAAAGAAGUAAGUAAGUAUAAGUAAAUUCAAAUACAGAUACAAAUUAAAAUUUUGAAUUGUUCUAAGAUGACUUGCGAGGCUACUGGAUGGACGACUAUGACAACGUUUUGAACGUGUGGGUGGAGACUUCUACAGGCUCAAUUAAGGUCUACCGUGGAGACAGCAACGUGCAGAUCGGAACGAUCUCAGUCGUUGAUCCAAACGAAUACCCGAUUAAGCUCUAUUUUUCGGAAGAGCGCUCCCGCUCUCUGUGGGUCUUGGACUACAAGGGCGAUAACGAUCUGCAAGGCACAUGGAAGAGCAACGACGGAAGUACAAUUGCAUUCUUUGUUGCAUUCUUGUUGCAUUCUUGACCAUUGAGGAUAGAAGAAUUUUUUGUAGAAAUGUUGUAGAUAUAUCUCAGUGUAGUAUAGUAAUGUAGGUGGUUAUAGGUAUAAUAUGUGUAAUGUUCCUCGUUCCGCCCAGAUCAUGUUCGAUGUUCGACACCCGAAGAGAAAUCCAAACUCUUUGUAAAAAUUCUAGAAAUUUUUAGAAUAUUUCACAAAGAAAUGAACUCACCCCAAUACAGACCCAAAGAGUGAUUGGAACUGGCGCAGACCAGCAGUCUACAAGAAGACAGAGUGGCCCAGAUGGGGAGCACGUGUCUUGCUGAAUAUCUCCGGAUCCGUCGACGGCCCCAACAGAAUUGUGGCACUUGGUACAACUAUUCUGGUGAUGUUCGUUGUAGAAGCAAAGAUGAAUGAUGCAACAGACGAAGCAGCAAGUGACAAAUCUUGCCAGCUAUUUUACUUCUUACUUCAUCAUCUAGUACAGAAUGGAGUAGCGGCUGCGUCUGCGGCAAACAAUUCAAUACUUCUUCCUAUUUGGCUGUUGUAUGGCUCUGGUACAGGCAAGAAUCUUGAAUCUGAAGUUCGUCUCUUGAAUUAUUCUCUGUUCUGUACUCACACGAAUGCUUCAGUCCAGAAAAUUUUCUUCUGCUCUCUCAUUCCUAGGUGUUGUUAUCAACGCGGUCGGAACGCAGGCUGAUCACCCGAACGUCAAGCAGAUGUGGCACGGAAGCUUGCGGUUGGACCACAACGAUUUGCCAGAAACAGGAGAAAUCACAGUGCCAAUGGCUUGUCUGGCAGCAGCAACGCUAGGUCUUCGUGUAUGCAUCGAUCUCGGCCUCGAUAAGAGGGAGAUCAUGGUUGGAACGGACCACUCAAUCGUAAUCCUUUUUCUCAAAUUUUUCUUUCUUGUUUGUGUGGAACCUGAAAGUAGUAUGAGUAGUGAUCCCUCAAGCGAGUUCUGCUCUGCACUAGAAUGAUUUACUUCGCUUCACAUUUAAUGUUUCACAUCUUCCCCUGAUGAUGGCCAUCGGUCAACAUCAAAUCGUUCUCUAUUAAAAUUCACAACAUUAAUUACGUUAUGUUGCUUUUCAUCUCGGUAUUGAAACGACACAUCAGGUGGAAGCGCAAUUCAACAAUACGAGUCGUAAAAUCGCGGCGGAUCUGCGACCUAUCGUGGACGUCUUGGACGAAUACAGGGCGACUCUUGCCUUCCAGGUUCGCGUCACGCAGACAACAGCACACGAAAACCAAGCCACCGAAGUUGCCAGAACCUGCCGUCAGCAAGGAUACUCUACCGUAGGUGACCGCAAGUUGUACGAGGCGGUUCAACAAGCAGUUGAAGCUAGAGGAAACCCAGGUACAACAAACUUAGUUUACUGUAUAACCAACCAUGUGAUAAAAAUCUCGAAGAUUUUCAUUGGUGCCAGAGCAGGCCUCGAAAGAACUUCUCAUGUUGGAUGGGUUUCGAAAAUGAAAUAACAUCUGGUGGUGCUACGACGAUAUGGAAAUCCGUUUGCCUCUAAUUUCUUGGCCUCCCCUCUAGGUGGUCUCAACGCUUUGAAGCAGAUUACGAGUAUCAACCAGCAAUAUGGACAGGGUGGAUAUUACAACGCGAUUCAAGACUAUGGCCAGGACUUCGGAGGAGCAAAGGGAGGAUACGGCCAAGCGGCUCUCACCUAUCCGCCAACGCAGCCACCAGCGUUGAAGGGUCAAGAAGUCGUUCAAACACCGCAGAUGGGUCACCCCGCACAGGGCCCACCGCACAUGAGUACUUCCUUGUGGUUUGACUUUCUGCAAACGACACGUUCUUGGUUGAUUUUCUUUUGCUAGUCGCUGAUCAUCCUGUUGAUUCCAACUUAUUCCUUUCACAAGAGAGACUGAUCAUUUUCCCAAUCUUAUGUUCGCAUCUUCUUUCUCUCUCUCUCUCAGAUAACAUGGGCAAGGGUGGUCCGCAGCAGAUGGGCCAAAUGCCGCCACAAAUGGGAGGUCCGCAGAUGGGCGGUCCGCAGAUGGGAGGCCCGCCACAGAUGGGUCCGCCGCACAUGGGACAAGGUCCGCCUCAAAUGGGACAAGGAGGCCCGCCUCAAAUGCAAGGAGCACCGCAAAAGGGAGGUCCGCCACAAAAGGGAGGCCCACCACAGAUGGGUGGACAAGGUCCGCCACCGCAGAUGGGAGGACAAUUAAGGGUGCGGUAAAUCCAUCUCCAAAGUCAUCUGGUAGGAUAAAGACAAGAAGAAAAAGAGAUCCAGAUGAUAAUUGGGAUGGACUUCCUAUACCACCACUAAGACAAGGAGGUCCGCCACAGAUGGGGGGAAAUCCGCAGAUGGCAGCCUAUGGAAAGCCAGGCUUCCCGGGACAGCAGCAAUUCCAGCCGCAGCCGAACCAGUGGAACCCGGCGGGACAGUAUGGCGCGCCACCGCCAAUGCGCAACUACUAAGGCUACUCUAAGAUGACACUAACCUAAGAUGUAGGACGAGUCAGUAGUUAGAAACAGUGGUGAGAAAUGAAAAAGGUCAAGAUGAUGUUGUCUUGAAGCACUUUGCUGUUGUUGAACUAAGCGUAGUGGCUUCAUGAAGGAUUUACAACUAUUUUCAUGAAAAAAUGAUUGAGACGAUUGCAUGUGCGCGUGCUCUCCAGCUUCGAAGAAGUCCGAGGCUCAAAUUCCCCAAAUAUUCGUAUGUACACGAUUCAACUUCUAUUUUUACUUGUUGUUAUAGCACUUGUAAAAGUUUGUUAAAUGUUCGAAGUGGAAGAUCAUCUUCUGAAGAUGAUGGUGCUGCUAAAACUAUAAGAUUAGUAUCUACCAUGUGGUCGUCGAUACUGGGUUCUAUGGUUUUUUUCGCUGUAAAAUCCGUGGUCUAUGAUGUAUGAACUUAAUAUUGAUUCGAUUUCUGGUUUUGUACUCCUACUCCUCCUAAUUUAAAGCGAUAGCGAUACAUAUGUAUCCAUACAUGGGUAUCGAAAAAAGAUUUCUAGACUUAUAUCACCAACAAAAAAUGAGAUCUGAUACUGGUACUGGUGCGAUCGACUAGCACCAUACCAACAGCAUCUUCGUAUUUACCUUAUAUCUACAUUGAGUCCGUUCUCCCUAGUAAUUUUGUUUCUAACGACUAGAAACGCAGUCUUCAUUACAAGUGGAUUAUUUUUUGCGUGGGUUAGUGACUUCUGCUGCAAGUAUGUUUUAUUCGUCUUACUAUUUAUCUCCGGGGGAAGAGUAUCAGCAAAAUACAAGCAGUACACCAUCACAAUUACUACAUUCAUCACGUUCGUUGUUCACGACACACCAUUUUUUACACGAUAACGCACACUGAUAAUGCUUGACUAAACCACUUAAGUAUAUCUACUCUUCCUCGCUCUAUUUUACUCAGCAUGUCUUACCACAUCGUGACGACUAUUUCUUUGUAUUUAUCUCAAGUCCACAACGACUAGCUGGGAGAAGCAAGCUAGUUCCUCAGUAAAUUUGGAAGAUAUCAACAACACAAGAUCUUCAACCAUUGAAAACACAUUUUUCUCACUCAACAUCUUCGAUAUUGAAAAUUCCUUACAUCACUAAUAUUUCAUCUUGAAGACGGCAACAACCACAAACUCAUCAUGACAUCAUUCAUCGCAUCAUGAAAACCAUUGAGGCAUUUUCAUCGCAUGGGCACUGUAGUUUUGGUUGGGCAUUGGGUGGUAACUAAGAAGAGUGCCCAUUACCAAAACGAAAAUACAAACCUCAAGCUGUUAGUGGUAGUGCGACACGAAGACUGAUGAACAUCAAGACUCAAUUAUACCCCAGCAGCUAUUUUGGUCCUAGAACGAAAGGAAGUGAUCCAAGAAUAAAAGAAAAAACGCAGUACUACGUAUAAAUGGUCCACCUAAUAAGAGAGGAC